AUGGCUCAACGAAUCCUUGUAGCUCUGGUACUGAUUUGGACAUGUUCCCUUCAUUGUGCCUUGUCAUUUCCAGAUGGCAAGUCCAAUUCUGGGGGCAUUAUUGUACCGGCAUCCACUACCGGCACUGUGUCGUCUACUGGCGGUACGUCAACGCCCCAGACGUUUGGUUUCCAGGAAGAUGCCAAGACCGGUGAAGCCAAAUUCAUCGAGAUGGACCAUCCUUCUACGGCCACAACAACAAAGGACGACCAACAAAACCCAUUGGGUCCAUCGACACGACAAUCGUCAUCUUCUGGGAACUACCAUAUCAAGGCUACCAUCUUGACCGUACUCAUGGCCGCUCUCUGGUCUCCAAUGUUCUACCCAACAGCAAUAAUAAUACCCCCAGAACAUGUGCCGCUGCUGUAUACAUUCCGUGGCAUUGUGACUUUCUUGUACUUGCUGGAAUGUGCUCUAUCCAGUACACGACGCUACCUAUCCAACAGCUUGUCUCCGCAAGACCUUCAACAGUACUUGAAGGAUCUCAAAGAGGCAUCUCCCACCAUUGUUUGGCUGAUGGAGUGUUAUCACUACCGACAUGUGAGAAGGUAUCGGAGCAGUAGCCGUGGAAGGAGACGGUCGUCAUCGACUCACCACGAAAAGGUGGUGACUCAUCGUGCUCGGAAAGAGUUUGCCAUUGACCGUUGGAGAGAUGCCACCGAAACCAAGUCCUUGGACCGAGCCGUGACGAUUGGGGAGGAUACGGAUCCCUUUUCCUGUGCGACCAAUGGUGGGAGCAGUACUACAUGUAGUACUCCCCUGAUGAGUGGUGGCACCUUUGUCAAGACAACGCUAACCAAGUUGUUUUGGUUGACCAAUCCUUCCAUUGGGCAUCGGUACUUGAUGGAAAAGGAACUCUUUUAUCACCAGGAAAGUCGUCACGAUGUUCACCACGAGUUUACCAUGAAAUUGCAACUGCAGAAUGUGGACUACCGUAACAAGAUAUUGGUGGUCCGAACGGGGUUAUCCGAUGUGGCGUUUGCAUCCCAACUGUGGUUUUGGAUAGCCUCUUUGCUAGGAUUGACGGUCCCCUAUCGCAUGUGGUUCUCUCGGCAUUGUUUGCAGACCAGCCUGAACAUUGUCAAGGAACUGGAGGCGUAG